AUGUUUGACUUCCUUCUCAAGAAAGCUAUUAAUUGCCACUUUGACAUCAUUUUCAUUACAAAUGAUGGUCAUUCAUUACUUCAUUGUGCAUCACGCAGUGGCAGUACAUUACUAGUGAAAGCAUUAGAAGAAUAUAACAUCAAUUGUACAUUAAGUAAUGAUGGUAUAGCUCCCGUGCAUUAUGCUGCCUGGUCAAAUUUUACUAGUGUAUUAAGUUAUAUCAUAUCUCAUUAUAAUCUCAAUGUUAAUGAUGCUAAUUAUACUGGUCAAACACCAUUAGUCUACUCCUGCCAGUCAGGUAGUAUUAACUUUGCUAGACAUCUUAUUGAUAAUCAUAACAGUGAUCCUAAUAUCACUGAUAAUGAUGGUAUGACAUGUCUUCAUCAUUCUUGUCGUAAUGGUCAUAUUGAUAUCACUCAAUAUCUCAUUGAGGUACAGCAUUGUGAUAUUAAUAAAACAGAUAACGAAGGACACACAUUAGUACAUCAUGCUGCAUGGAGUGGUAACUUUGAUUUAGUUCAGUAUCUUAUUACUGAACAAGGUUUGUCUCCUACUGCAGUUGAUAAGAAUGGCCUCACUGCUUUACAUUAUGCGUCACUGUCUCUUAACUUAUCUCUUGUUAAAGAAUUAAUAACUACCUAUCAGUUAGACCCUCAUCAAGCUGACAGUAAUGGUAAGCUACCAAUUCAUUAUGCUGCUCAAUCUGGUGAUAUUUUACUACUGGAAUUAUACUUGAAGAAUUACAAGUGUAGACUAAACCUAACAGAUAACAAAAAUUGGAAUAUAUUUCAUUUUUCAUCACUUCAAGGUCAUACUCAUUUUAUCAAGCAUAUCAUCAAUCAGUAUCCUCAAUACACUACUUUACUACACUCUACUGACGAUAAGGGUACACUAGCAUUACAUUUAGCCUGUUGUAGUGGUAAUAUUCAAUUAGUGACUUUCCUAAUAGAUGACAUGAAGUGUGAUGUCACUGCUACUAACACCUCAUAUGGUAGUAAUUGUGUCAUGUUUGCCUGUUCCUCAGGUAAUCUUGAUCUAGUACAAUUACUGAUACAACAAUACAAGCUUGAGCCUAUCAGUAUUGAUAACAUUGGUUUCUCAGUAUUACAUGAAGCAGCACAGAAUGGUCAUACUCAUAUACUGGAAUGGUACAGUCAGGAGUAUAGUGUGGAUAUUACUAAUCACACUGACGAUAUCAAGUACACACUAGCUCAUUUAGCUGCUUCUAAUGGUAAGCUACAUUGUCUACAGGAACUGAUCAACAAGUAUCAGUGUGAUGUUAAUGCCACUACUAUUGAUACUGGUAGUACAGUUCUUCAUAAAGCAUGUGAAGGAGGUCAUGUUCCUGUUGUACUUUAUCUCACUAGUCUUCCUCAGUGUAAUGUAGCAGCCAAGACUUCUAAUGGAUCAACAGUUCUUCACAUUACCUGUGAGUACACUGACUCUCUUCCUAUACUCAAACAUCUGGUAGAGAAUCAUGAGUUAGAUCUGUGUGCUGUGAAUGAUGAGGGAAUGGCUCCUAUUCACUUAGCAUGUAGUGAGGGAAGAUUAAACUUGGUCCAGUACAUUAUAAAACACAUACCAUUAUCACUUGAACUACCUACCAGAGGGCAAGGUCAUACUCGAGGUCAUACUCCAUUCCUUGCUGCUGUCUACUUCAAUCAGUUAGAAGUUAUUAAAUAUCUUAUUAGUAAGAAGUGUAAUCUAUCAGCUACUGAUGAUGAAGGGUCUGGAGCAGUUCACAUAUCAGUUAUAGAGAGGGGUCACUUGAAUACAUUGAAGUAUCUCAUUGAUAAUAAUUAUUGCAAUCCUAAUGCAACCAAUCAUCAAGACCGUACACCACUCCAUUUAGCUGUAGCAGUGGACCAACUUGAUGUAUUAGAGUAUUUACUGAGUAAGAGUAUACCCUCAAUGAGUGUUGUCUGGUUACGUGAGAUAAAGUGUUUAUUAGACAGUCCUCAUGACAUAUACAAUAAUCCACAUAAUGCUGUACUUAUUAAUGUACAAGAUAAAGAUGGUAAUACACCAUUACAUUUAGCCUGUCGACUUAAACAACAGCAGAUGGUAUCACUAUUACUAAAAGCCAGUCUAUCUUACAAUGAUCUAUUAAUUACUAACAAGAAAAGACAGACACCAUUACACUUAGCAGCUGCCUCUUGUCAUAAGGAUACCACUGAAGCUUUAUUGUCCUCAGUCACUGGUAGUUCUACUCAUCAUGAUCUCCUUACAGCUACUGACAAUGAAGGAUCCACUGUAUUUCAUACAGCUUGCAGUGAUUAUCAUAUUGAUGUGUUUCAUUAUCUAGCCAGUAUUUAUCCUCAAGGUGUUAAUCUAAUGGAUAAUAGAGGACGUGGUUUCCUUCAUGCAGCAUGUGAAGGAGGAGAUAUUGGAAUAGUAAGAACACUAAUUGAGACACAUGGACUGGAUCCUUUAGCAGAAGAUGAAGAUGGCAUUACCUGCUUACACUUACUAGCAGAGAAAAAGGGUACUAGAAAGUCAUGGACAAGAAUGAUUGCAGUAAGAAAAAGCAUUGAAAUAUACCAGUAUUUAGAACCAAACAUUGUCUCUAAUCCAAUACCUAAAGACAAGUUUGGUUGUACUCCUCUUCAUUAUGCUUCUCGUUCUGAUAAUAUUCGUAUGGUACGUUAUCUCAUAGAGACCUUCCCCUGUACUCCUGAUGAUCCUGAUAAUAAUGGAUACACUUCAGUUCAUGGAGCAUGUGAAGCUGGUAGUAUGGAGUUAGUACAAUACUUUCUAACUGAACUCAAUUGUAAUGCACUAGCUGAAACUAAUGAUCUAAAAACCAUGCUUUAUUUUGCUGGUAUGAGUUCUAAUUUAGAGCUAGUUCGAUUUUUAGCUGGCGUAUUCAGUUUAAAACCUCGUCCACAUGACAUUGAAAUAGCUCAAUCGGUCAAUCCUGAUUCAUCAGUAGUUAAAUAUCUCCAACAGAUUAAUAAUGAUAUGAUAUUUGAUAUGACGGAGGAAGAAAAGAGAUUGAAGGAAACUCAUCGAGAGAAACAUGAACAACAACAGAUCAACCCACAAGAACACGAUAUU